GUCUUUACACACAAUACAUAGACUCCUCCCAGACAUGCCAGGAAGAAAACCUCUCGUUACAGUAGGAGCUGGCCACUGACAGAGGCUCCAUCCACGCUGACUGAUGCUCAACAACCCCUGAUUAAACGUUUAUUUUGCAGGUUUUACGCGUAUACAAAAUGAGAGCCGUUGUUUCGACACUGACAGUGUUGUGGGUGAUAACAAUACCCUGCACGGAAGCCAUCCACGGAUUAUACAAUUUUGGCCAGCAUGACUUAUUCUACAAAAAGAAUAACUGCAAGCCAAUUCCCGCAAAUCUCCUCCUGUGCCACGAUAUAGAGUACACAGACAUGCGCCUCCCGAACCUGCUCGGACACGAAACCAUGAAUGAAGUUCUGCAGCAAGCUUCGUCUUGGAUCCCUCUGGUUCAGAAGCAAUGUCACCCCGACACAAGAAAGUUCCUCUGCUCCCUUUUCGCUCCCGUCUGUUUGGACGAUUUGGACGAGCCCAUACAGCCGUGCAGGUCUCUGUGCGAAAGCGUCAAGAACGGCUGCGCGCCAGUGAUGUCCGCGUUUGGCUUUCCUUGGCCAAAGAUGCUGGACUGCGACCGUUUCCCACUCGACAAUGACCUGUGCAUUCCACCUGCAGGCAUCGAGAACUCUGCGCCAAUCACCAAAGAAGUGCCCAGAGUGUGCGAUGCUUGCAAGGAAACGGAUCAAAAUGACAACGAGAUUGUUGACAACCUGUGUAAGAAUGACUUUGCUCUGAAGAUCAAAGUUAAGGAGAUCUCCUACAUCAAUGGUGACACCAAGAUAGUGCCGGAGACCAAGAGCAAGACCAUUUACAAGCUGAACGGCGUGUCGGAGCGUGACCUGAGAAAGACGGUGCUGUGGCUGAAGGAUGGCCUGCAGUGCAUCUGUGAGGAGAUGAACGACAUCAACGCCGCCUACCUGGUCAUGGGCCAGAAGAUGGACGGCCAUCUGGUCAUCACCUCGCUGAAGCGCUGGCAGAAGGGACAGCGCGAGUUUAAGAGGAUUUCCCGCAGCAUCCGCAAGCUGCAGUGCUAGGAAGGGAACAAAACUGCAUGUGUCAUUGUUGAAGAAAAAGUUUAGCUGAGCGCUUUCCAAUUACCCCUUUCCAGUUGUCACACAAGUUGCAAUUAUGGUUCAUAGAUUCCUCUCUAGAUUCCAGCAAAGAUGUUUCUUUGGCCUUAGAAAACCACUUCCUGUGUUUUCUAUUGGUUUAUAAUUAAAAAUGCCCAAUAUCUUAAAAAAAAAAAAUAGGCAUGUACUUGCAUGUAAUUUACUCCACAAUCAUAAUUCUUAUGGAUGUCUGAAAAGUGCUAUGUCCCAAUACACUCAUGCUACAUUCAUCAAUAAGGCCACAAUAUUUUUAAAAGGGGAUGUGUAAGUUGCUGAACUACACAGACUGGUCAUGUCUUCUGAGCAGAGAACAUAUUUAUAUCUGUACAGACACAGAAGUAAGCAAAUAUGGGGGGGGGGGGAGGGGUCCCUUAAAUUGUAGUAAUGUGAGAUUUUGUCAAAUUCAAUCAUUGACUCCCAUUAAUUUUGCACUGAGCGCCCCCUAAUGGUCAGUUUUAAAGUGGUGUGUCUUUUCCAGUGGAGCUGUCUUUGCUGUUGCCUCAUCAACUGCAUUUAAUUGCACUCAGCUGGUGUCCCAGGUGUAAAAGAGUCACUAAGUACAUGGUUAGAGUGAAAACUAGCAGAGUUUUGAAUCCAGGAUUAAAAAUGAUUGCCUAAAAAAAAAAAAUAAAUCAUUUGCAGAUGUGCCUACUGUUAAAUCCUGCAAUGGGGGUGAGUUUUCCUUUCUUUUCUGGUAUUCCCUGAGAUCUGUUUCUGCUGAGAUCUGCAGCAUAACCUAAAAAUGACACUUAUUUUUCAUGGGACAUUCCUCAAACAAGUUUAAAUCAUCAGCAGUUGUUUGUUUAGGACAAAUCAAAACUCCUAUAUGGAACAAAUUACAUUAUAAGAGUCAAAUGUCUUGACUGCUUUAGAUGGGACUCCAUGAUUAAAGUACUCAAAUUAAAUAAAAAGAGCUUUGGUAAAAUAUUUGGGGGGUGUUAAGUCUUCCAAAAUAAGGUAUUUGCAUCCAAUUAAAAACUCUUCUGUUAUAGUUAUGCAGAAACAACUACAAAAAUGUAUUCAUAUUGUGUGGUGCAUAUUGAGUGAAGCUGUGAUCCCUGUGUGUGUAGUGUGAUGUUCAAAGACAAAAUAAUGUCUGUGUCUUUGUAUUCCCACAGUUUUCUCAAGCAAAAAUGAGAGAUAGCUGGCUAUAUUCUCUUCCUGUACAACAUUUUAAUAUUCCCGAUAUCUUUUUGUACUUCAGCUGCUCCAUACUUUUCUACCACAGUAUGAUUUUAAAAACUAUGUUUGAGUGGGUUUUUUUUUUUUUUUUUUGGUAUUAGUGAUGAAUAUCUUGAGUUUUGGUUGGUAGUGUUAAAUUCAUGAGCAGUGACUUGUUAAGCGCAGAUAAUCGUGUGUGUGUGUGUUUGUAAAAAGUAUUUUUUGGAAGUAUUACUGUGUAAAUAUCAAAUACUAUCUUUUAUUCGUGUCAAGUUUUCAGCGAUUAAAAGCUGCCAACGACA